UUUGUCAGCUUUCGCUCUUCGUUACUGUUUCAAUUCACUGAGAUGCAAAAUUUAGGGUUCUGAUAUUCAUAAGCAGAUCUUAAAAUUGUGCACUCUAGUCACCGGAGUUUAACAGAGACUCGGAUCUCCAUCUCCGACCAUGGAUUCCGAGCCUUUCGAGAGAGAAAAGAACGUGACUUUUCUGGGGAUGAUGUACCAGCUCCUCCCACACCAAUCCAAAAAAGCUUCAUCAUCUUCUUCUUCUUCUUCCUUUGAAGGUCCUCGUUCUACUGAGGGCCUCUCUGCCGCUUUGUCCGAUCAGUCUCGUAUUAUAGUCGCCAGACCUGUUAGAGGAGUGGUGUCCCUGUGGACAUGCUCAAAGUUCUAUGCAAUUGCCUUUGUUGCUGGGAUCAUUGUUGGCUAUACCCUGAAGCGACGCGUUAAACGCUGGGCUAACAAGCUUCUCAAGAGGAUCAAAGACGAUUGAUUGCACCUAGGUUGAGUUAAGUUAUCGCAUUCAAUAGACUGUCGUCAAUAGAUGAGUGAUUCUCUAACAUUAGUUGUGUAAAGGGUGCAUUUUUGAGGAGUUUUCAGCUUCUGUGGUGACAAAUGCAUCUCACCUUAUCAACAGAUAUUGUUAUCCUUUUUAAACUACUAUGUUUUUUGUUGGUGGAAACUGGAAGUGUAAUGGCACAAAAGACUCAAUCAGCAAGCUAGUGUCAGACUUAAACAGUGCAAAAUUGGAACCUGAUGUUGUAUCUUAUGUGCAUGUUGAAGAUCGACUGAAGAUGGCGAUGAGCGUGAGAGGAGAGAUGGAGAAGCUGAGCGUGGAGCAGUUGAAGGCAGUGAAAGAGCAAACUGAUCUGGAGGUCAAUCUUUUCCAGGACUCUCUCAACAAGAUCCGCACCGCCACCACCCGCCUCGAGCUCGCCUCCUCCGCCCUCCACGACCUCUCCCUCCGACCCACCGGCAAAAAGAUGCUCGUCCCUCUUACCGCCUCCCUUUACGUCCCCGGAACUCUCCAGGACCCCGACCAGGUCCUCGUCGACGUCGGCACCGGCUACUUCAUCGAGAAGAACAUGCCUCAAGCCAAAGACUACUGCGACCGCAAGAUCAAUCUCCUCAAGUCCAAUUUCGAACAACUCGUUGAGGUUGCUUCUAAGAAGAAAAGCAUAUCUGAUGAAGCUGGGUUAGUUUUGCAAGCAAAACUGAAGCAGAUGGCUCCUACAGCACAGUAGGAGACAAGGACUUUUAAUAUGUGUGCUGUGGUAUUCAAGUUAAGAUCAUGGUGAAGUACUGGUGACUUAGGAGUAGAUUAUGCUUGUUUUGAUAUAGAAUUCAAGCAUCAUGUUAAGAGUUGUGGUUUGCACGCUUGAACUGGUGCGGUUUUGUUCCCUUACAAAUGGGAUUAAUUCUCUUCUGCUCUUUAAAGACUCGUGUUGUGGUGUAUCAUUGCAGAACUACUUACAAUUUACAAUUUGCUUUUUCCAGCUUCAA